UACUAAUGAAAAAUAAAAUAAAUUAAAUUAAAAUUUUUUGCUUAAUCAUGGGUUGGAAUAUUUACAAAUUAUUGUGUUGCUGUGGCAGUUCUAAUGAAUCAACUAGAAUAGAUGUGGCGAUUGUCCGAGAACAACAAGCUGCUGCUGCUGAAAAACGUUUAAAAGAACAAGAAAGUCGAGGAAUUAAAAAUCCAGAUCGCGUCAAACGUAUGCAACGAGAACAACAAAAACGUGAUGAAGAAAUUAGCAAAAAUGCCAAUAUGGGAACAAGUACUGGAUUAAAGUGGCAAGUGAGUUAAUUAUUCAAAAUAUUGAAGUUUAUAU